GAUGCGACUGUCGUCACUGACCAGUCUGCAGGGAACGGGGAAUGUACGUAACGCUCGAUACAGGAGGGCACAUUCCAAGGAGCUGGCAACUUAAUAUAGGCGUCAUUUUCUUAGGAAAACGCUCUUUCCAAAGGAAACGAAACAUAACGCGAUCAACAGGGUAUUUAUAAAGCCGUGGUUUCCUUAUCCACUCAGUGCGCAAGCAACUUGGACCGAUAACUCCCUCUGUUGGGUUUAUGAUGUUAAGGAGUCAUAGGCUACGAGCAAGUUGACAAGGCACCAAAUGGACAACAAAACCAGGCAACACAGAUGUCUCCCUUAUGUUUACUACCAAGCCAUACGGAACCUCCAACCUGUAUGGGAACUCGAGGACAUGAGGAUUAUGGAAACGUUUUACUGGGACGCACAGGGACGCGUAGCGUUUACUCCCUCUGAAGCCCUGCUUUACGCCAUCGUGCACGAUCAUCAAGCCUAUGCACAAUACCUACUGAGGCGCUACUCGGAGAACGCACUGACCGUGCCAAGUCAGUACUUCUACCACGUCCAUGCUUCGGUUCCACACUUUAUCGUGGCUGUCCGGUACAACAGGAGGGAAAUUUUGAAACGCAUGCUGCAGAUGACGCAUCAAGUGCCCACACUCCCAGCCGGUUUAGGGGGAAGGUUCAACCUAGAAGACGGCAAGACCCCUUUGCACCUGGCGUGCGAACUCCUACACUUGGACGCGAUAAUUCUGUUACUGAGCAACGGAGUCUCACCGCAAGCAGAGGACCGAAAUGGAAUAACACCGCUGGACAUGGUACUAUCGCAGCUCAGGGACACCGAGGUCGACUUGGGAAAGAAGAGGCGAUGCCUGGAUAGUUUGCUUUUGUUCAUUCCUGAGUUACGGUUCAAAAUGAAGGGCUCUCUCGAAGAAGACCGUGAUUACUGGACACAAGUUCUUGGAGAGGACACACUUAACUACCUGAUUGGAGGGACUCCGGCUCCACUGUCACUUAUCGCUAUGCAAAAAGUUAUACGUCUCCUACCCUCAGAAACGUUUCUGGAGAGCCUGCAACAGCUCCCCAUUCCGCCGUCACUGAAGUCGCUCAGUGUCUCCGGCAAUCCCCGGGAGCCACCUCGCACAGCGUAAAAAUGACUGUUUACAAUAUGCAAGUUUAGUUAAACAAUGUGUUGAGAACACCAAAAACAGCAUUACAAAUGCACAGGUGACAAAGCAUCGUGUUUAUAUUAACGUUAACAUGGAUUUGAUCAUUGCAAUUGAAAUGAAACUUGUUUAGAAUCAAGUUGGAUGGAAACAAGGGGAAGCGUCAAAUAAAGGUUACUCUGAUGGUAUUAACCAAUUUUUGAAUGUUAAAACGAAUGAAACCUGCCAUUGUGCCAGUGUCAUAGGUUGUUUUGAAAAUACACAAGAGGCUACCAGAAUUGAAAAUCAACACCUUUGCUUGGUGGAGAGAAUUAUGAGAUUAAAAUAUU